AUGGGCAACACAAUCCAUGCCGACCGACAAGCUGUCAUCGACAAACCUGAACCCUCACUAGAUCUGAACCAGCCACUGACCAAGAAACAAAAGGCUCGUCUCAAGCUGGGCUUCACCGGGGCAAACACCAUCCCUCUACCAUCCCUAGAAACACCCAAGCCAAAAUCGAGCGCAAAGCUCAAGUAUCUCAAGCGCAAGAAGGAGCGCAAGAAAUCCAGGAAACGGACGACUACGACAUCUGCCGAAACAAAGAAAACUAUCAAACAGGAACCGCUCCAAUCUACUAGUGUGGCCCCAGCCGAUCAAACCUCUGAACCCGAGAACCAUGAGAAAGAACUAUGCUCAGAUCCACCUCUUAAUACGACAGCCGGUCGGGCUGCAUCCACCGCGAGUAAUGAAGACCCGCCCCCAGAGAAACCCAAACGAGCCAAGCGACCGAAGAACCUGGACGUCGCCUUGGAGAAGAUUUCGAAAAAGAAGAAGAAGAGGAAUCGAGAGCCAACACCAGAUGACCAAGAGGAGCGGGAGUCCAAGGCGGGUGAUCAAGAUGAAGAUCAAGAUGCACCACGGCCGACGCUCGUCGAAGAGAUCAGCCAGCCGGGAGCACUUCCCCGCUUCCCAGCACCCACCAAUCCCUCCCUACCCGACCCACAACUCUUGGCCCGACUGGCCAUGGGAUUGGGCGACCCGGACCCUGCAGAGAUCGCCGAUCCCCAAGCCGACACCGGCAUGGUCCGCUUCGAUAGCGCCGCCACUCUCCCCUUGUCCCAGCUCGAAGCCAGGGCUUCUGCCCCGGGCCAAUUCAUACAGGCUCUCUCCCUCAGCCCCCAGUCUAUCUCCCGACUGAAACAGCUGGAAUUCGAAAACCUCCUUGCAGUGCAAAUCGCCGUGUUUUCAAUCCUCAUGCCACCUCUGAGCGCACACCCAAACACACCCGCCUCCAGCCUAUACCCUAGCCGGCGACCUCCUAGAGACUUAUGCGUCAGCGCACCAACUGGGUCUGGAAAAACGUUGAGCUACAUCGUGCCGAUCGUCGAGACCUUGUCUUCCCGGGUCGUCUGUCGUCUGCGGGCGUUGAUCGUGCUACCUACCCGAGACCUUGUCCUUCAAGUCAAAAAUACAUUCGACUGUUUCUCUAAAGGGACAGGCCUGAAUGCCGCAAUCAUCACUGGACAGCAUUCAUUUACCAAGGAACAGGCUCAGCUCAGUUGUUCUCGUGACGGAUUGGAAGGCACGGUGGAUGUAGUGAUCGCGACGCCGGGAAGGCUGAUCGAUCAUCUUAACUCCACCCCCGGAUUCUCGCUCCAGCACCUUUGCUUCCUGGUGCUCGAUGAAGCCGAUCAGCUCUUGAACAAAUCUCAGGCCUGGUUACAUCAAGUCCUAUCUACCACCACUAAUGGCCCAUCCAACUCGCAAGAAAUCCCCGAGCCUGUUAAAGACUCGUCCAAUAAUCCCAAGUCACUGCUCGGUCUUCAAUCAUCUGAGCCCCUCGAACCCUCAAAUCUUCUUCCAUCACACCUUUCCGAUGACCCUCUCCCUUCGUUUUUCAACCCGGAUAGUCGUGCUGAUGGUCUUGCCCAGAACCUGCCUAUCGAGACGUACAACCCGUGCCGAUUACGUCCCUUUCGAAUCUUGUUGUUUUCGGCUACUCUGAGGAGGGAUCCCGUGAAGCUUGCCCAUCUGGGCCUCCGCCGGCCAGUCUUUGUCAAAAUCUCCACAUCCUCCUUGGGCGAUGUAGGUAUGGAUAACGGGGGUCGAGAGGGUGGCCAAGUUGAUUUUGUGGAUCAAUUGAAUAGCUACAGUCUGCCUAAGACCCUUAAGCAACAUAUUGUUGUCACCAGGACGGAUUUGAAGCCGUUAGUGUUCUUCAAAUUAGUUCAGUCACAACGGAUCGAAAAAGCGUUAUGUUUUUGCAAAUCAAUCAACGGAGCGCGUCGAUUGACCGGGCUGUGUCGACUCAUGGCCGAGCAGCUGCAAGCAUCUCCCGCUUCCACUGAGCUUGGGCCCGAAGCCGACCCGCAACAGACAGAAAAUCAAGCUCCAAAUGGCGGGUUAGAUCUUGCGAAGCUGUGUCGGGUCGAGUGCUUCUCGAGUGAUCUGAGCCCGGCCGACCGUAAAAAAAUCUUACAAAAAUUCCAAUCCGGCGAAAUCAACAUGUUGAUAUGUUCGGACAUAAUAGCCCGAGGGAUCGACAUCGCAGGGGUGCAGAACGUGGUCAACUACGACUCGCCGAUCGACAUUAAGAAGUAUGUGCAUCGGGUGGGAAGAACGGCGCGGGCGAACGAGCAGGGCCGCGCGUUCACUCUCGUCGAGUCCCAGGAGGCCAAGUUCGUCAAGGGGUUCCUGAAGACUGGGUUCGCUGCGCUGUCUCCCGACCAACAGGUCGUCAGGAUCCGCAUCGAUUGGCUCGACCUCCAAGCCCUUUCGCCCGCCUAUAACAUCGCGUUGAAAAAGUUGGGUGAUUUGUUUGGGAGGUCGAUCGAUUUAUAA